AUGGCUUCGCGACCGCGCCGUUCGGCGGCCAAGAAGGCUCAAGAACAGAUUACUGACUGGGCCGAUAGCGAGCGAACCAGCAGCAUGUCUACACGUGCUCGUCGCUCAGAUGGCCGAACUUCGGGCGUCUCCCGCGGCCCGCCUUCAUCACCGGGAAGUGAGCACCUAAACCUCACUGUCAAGGUGCCCGCGAACAAGCUUCGUGAGGCCACUAGCAGAGGACGGAACUCGACGGGAAACAGCAUUUCGGUCAACAGUCGGGGUUCUUUCGGAGGUAGCGAGGUUGUUGCCGGCAGACGCAACCGCGGCCCAAAGAAGAGCUACGUUGUCGAAUCUGACAGCGACGAGGAAGAAGAUGAUGAAGACGAGGAAAUGGAGGAGCCUGACGCCGAUGGCGAUGACGACGACAUGGAAGUCGACGCCGAGGGCGAGGAAGAAGAUGCCGAUGGCGACAUCGACAUGGACACCCCUGCGGCCCCCACCAUCAAGAUCUCCUUGCCCAAGGCUGGAAAGGUCACUCCUCGACGACCAGCAGCGGCGAGAGUGAUCGAGGACGAUGAUGAUGAUGAGGAGGAGCUCAGCGAAAUCGAAGUCAGCGACCCCGAGAAUACGAUGAACAUGAGCAUCGAUGUUGGGGGCGCUGGCGAUGACGAUGACGAGGACGACGAGGAAGACGAGGAAGAGGAUGCCGAAGGUGAAGAGGAAGAUGCCGAGGGCGAAGAAGAGGACGCUGAGGGCGAAGAGGAAGAGGAGAUUGAAGUUGCCGACGAGACCGCGGGAAUUGACGCCGAAGGCGAGCUCGACAGCGAUCUGGGUAGUCGUGAGGGCACUCCUGAUUUGACCAAGAUGACGAGGAGACAGCGUGCUCGCUUCGAGGACGAGCCUCAACAGUACAUGAAGCUUUCAGACGAGGUCCAAGCAAAGAAAGUCUUCACUGCGGAAGAGUUGUCGAUGAGAAGAGCAGAGAUGGCGCGUCGUCGACGGAAUCUGUCUGACAAGCGCAACGAAGAAGUCAAGGCAAGUGUUUUGAUGGAGACCAUCAACAAGCUUUUGAAGAAACAGGCGCCCAAGACCAAGGGCAAGGGAGGUGCCAAUGGUGAGGACACGCCCGGCAACGAUUCACAGAAGCCCGACGUCGCGUUCAUCCGCUGGGUCAACUCCAAGAAGGGCAGCAUUGUUGCUGUGCCCGAUGAGAUUAUCGGAGGACCAACGGGCAAGGUAUUUGUGCCCGGAAGUCUGAAGUCUGGCAAAAUGGUUGAGGAAGUCGCAUAA